UAGGAAGUUUGUCUCAGCAGGAAGGAGCGGUGGCGAAGGGAGUCCCAGGGUAGGAGAUGCGACCAGCGUUGCGCCUGGCAAUAGUGGCUUUCCCUAUGGGUGUGCUGCUCUCUCGGACAAUGGCGUGGAUGUCCAGUGGCAAAACACAUCCCGAGCUCAUCAGCAGGCUGAGGGAUCAUGGAGUGAUCCGCAACGACAGAGUAUUUGAUGCCAUGCUGGCUACUGACAGAGGGAUCUACUCUACAGACUAUCCCUAUGCAGACUCUCCUCAGUCCAUAGGCUACAGGGCGACCAUCAGUGCACCACACAUGCAUGCUCAUGCUUUGGAGCUGUUAAGUGACAAACUAAAAGAAGGGGCAUCAGCACUGGAUGUGGGUUCAGGAAGUGGAUACCUCACUGCCUGCUUCGCAAGAAUGACAGGACCCAGUGGUAGAGUGGUUGGUAUUGAACACAUUGAUGAACUGGUUCAAAUGUCAAUAAAAAACGUGCAAGCUGACGACCCAGAACUGCUCUCCUCUGGACGUAUCAGACUUGUAGUGGGAGAUGGAAGGCUGGGCUUCCCAGAAGGAGCGCCGUAUGAUGCAAUUCAUGUUGGUGCAGCUGCAGCUACUGUUCCUAAGGCUCUCUUGGAGCAGCUGAAGCCAGGUGGGCGGCUGGUUCUCCCGGUGGGCCCCGAUGGUGGCAGUCAGGUGUUAGAGCAGUAUGAUCGUCAGAGUGACGGGACCUUCCUCAAGAAAGCAUUGAUGGGAGUGGUUUACGUCCCCCUGACUGAUAAGAGGCAUCAGUGGCCCGGAGGUGAGCUCUGACUGCAGUGUGGUUGCCCCUGCAGGAGAUGGCGUUGGUGCUGCGUCUCCGGCACCCUGUAGCACUCCUCAUGGUUUCACUGAGCUCCAGACUUAACUGCCACCUGCCCUGCUGGGUUGUCACCUAGCAACGUACGAGGAGGAUCUCGCUCUAUUUUCCUGACCAGGUUGUCUUUCAAGAGUGCUGAAAGAGUGUGACCACUGCUGGACUAAUAACCUUUCUACUAGAAUCCAUGGAGUCUGUAAGAGGCUGAUAAGGAUAUUGUGGAUGACAAAAAAGGUUGUCUCGUUAUUAUUUAUGGGUAAGUCAGUGAAGUUCAGCAGUGACAAAAUUGCAAUUCCAGCUUGAAGAGCUACAGUCUGUGUCCAAUCCAGAUGGAUGGAUAAUUGCUGAAGUUGUGUGCAACCUUAUGGGAAUGCUUUGGUUAUGAAUGCAGUAACAAAUAACAAUGGGUUUUAAUGAAAAUUUUGCAAAAUUAACUAAGUAUUAUAUAUUUUGUGGUAAGAACUGCCUCUUACUCACUGUAUGUGUAGGACAUGUCUUGUUUGGCAUUGUUACUGUAGAACAGAAGGGGCAUUGUGCCAAAAAUUGAUGAACUGAGGCACUUCACUUUUUGAAAUUUACCAAUACUGUAAUUAUGUGUACACUCAUCAGAUUUAUUAAUAAAACCCAUUAAAUGGAUAGCAUAUUGA